AUGAUAAUAUUAAUGAUAAUGAUUUUAUUGAAAUUCUAUUACUAUAUAACACUACUACAAUUAAAUUAUAUUAAUGGACAAUUGAAUGAAUGUGAUAAUUUACAAGAGAAUCGAACAAUUUCACACAUUAAUUAUGAUACAAAUGAACUCAAUCCUAUUGAUAAUAACAAUCCAUUAGAAAUGGAUAUUGUGAAUAUAAAAGAAAUGGAAUGGAAUGAUCAAAAAUCAAUAACUCGUAGUUGGCCAUUAGAUGUAACCAAUAAUGAUGAAUGUCAUCAGAUGAAUAUAAACUCUAAUGUAAAUAAUCCAUGCCAAGAAUUAAAACAAAACCAGGAGAAAAAUGUAAAGGAUGUAAAAUAUAAUGAAGAAGCAUAUAAUAGAAUAAACAAAAUCAGAUCAAAUCAAAAUAACAUAAUGAUCAAUAAAGAAAAAUACAAUCGAAUAUAUCAAAAUCCGUUUAAUGAAUUAAGCCAAACAGAGUGUAAUCAGAUAGAAAAUGAAAAAAAAUACGACAGACAACAACUAAACUGGAAGGUGACGAAUGAAGAAUACGAUAUAAACGAUGAAGAAAACACAAUGAUAAAUUAUGAAAAUAUAUUGCAAAAACAAGAAAAAAUAAGUGAAUACAUGAUACAAAACAAAAUAAAAGAAACGGAAAAUCAAAUACGAGAAGCAAAUAAACAAAGUGAAGAACUAACGGGAAAUAAAACAAAAAUAAUGAAAAAACGAAGUCAAAACAUUUAUAAUGAAAACAAGAAUCAAACACGAAAUGAUACAUAUCAACAAGGAGAAACACCAACAAAAAUAACACCAGCUCCAGUAGUCACUGCAGUCCCACCAGUCUACAAUCAGUCCACCACACAAUCCACAUCGACCACCACUCAAACACCACUCAUUACAACACAAUACGUCCAACCAUCAUCAACAUUAAAACCAGUUCCAAUUGUCACGUCCAACAAAUCAACCGACGCUGAAUAUAGCAUUAAUGGAAUAUUGACGAACACUGAAUCUUCAAUCUAUACAACAAAAUACGUCCAACCAUCAUCAACAUUACAACCAGUUCCAGUUGUCACUGCAGUCCCACCAGUCUACAAUCAGUCCACCACACAAUCCACAUCGACCACCACUCAAACACCACUCAUUACAACACAAUACGUCCAACCAUCAUCAACAUUACAACCAGUUCCAAUUGUCACGUCCAACAAAUCAACCGACGCUGAAUAUAGCAUUAAUGGAAUAUUGACGAACACUGAAUCUUCAAUCUAUACAACAAAAUACGUCCAACCAUCAUCAACAUUACAACCAGUUCCAGUUGUCACUGCAGUCCCACCAGUCUACAAUCAGUCCACCACACAAUCCACAUCGACCACCACUCAAACACCACUCAUUACAACACAAUACGUCCAACCAUCAUCAACAUUACAACCAGUUCCAAUUGUCACGUCCAACAAAUCAACCGACGCUGAAUAUAGCAUUAAUGGAAUAUUGACGAACACUGAAUCUUCAAUCUAUACAACAAAAUACGUCCAACCAUCAUCAACAUUACAACCAGUUCCAGUUGUCACUGCAGUCCCUCCAGUCUACAAUCAGUCCACCACACAAUCCACAUCGACCACCACUCAAACACCACUCAUUACAACACAAUACGUCCAACCAUCAUCAACAUUAAAACCAGUUCCAAUUGUCACGUCCAACAAAUCAACCGACGCUGAAUAUAGCAUUAAUGGAAUAUUGACGAACACUGAAUCUUCAAUCUAUACAACAAAAUACGUCCAACCAUCAUCAACAUUACAACCAGUUCCAGUUGUCACUGCAGUCCCACCAGUCUACAAUCAGUCCACCACACAAUCCACAUCGACCACCACUCAAACACCACUCAUUACAACACAAUACGUCCAACCAUCAUCAACAUUACAACCAGUUCCAAUUGUCACGUCCAACAAAUCAACCGACGCUGAAUAUAGCAUUAAUGGAAUAUUGACGAACACUGAAUCUUCAAUCUAUACAACAAAAUACGUCCAACCAUCAUCAACAUUACAACCAGUUCCAGCUGUCACUGCAGUCCCACCAGUCUACAAUCAGUCCACCACACAAUCCACAUCGACCACCACUCAAACACCACUCAUUACAACACAAUACGUCCAACCAUCAUCAACAUUACAACCAGUUCCAAUUGUCACGUCCAACAAAUCAACCGACGCUGAAUAUAGCAUUAAUGGAAUAUUGACGAACACUGAAUCUUCAAUCUAUACAACAAAAUACGUCCAACCAUCAUCAACAUUACAACCAGUUCCAGUUGUCACUGCAGUCCCACCAGUCUACAAUCAGUCCACCACACAAUCCACAUCGACCACCACUCAAACACCACUCAUUACAACACAAUACGUCCAACCAUCAUCAACAUUACAACCAGUUCCAAUUGUCACGUCCAACAAAUCAACCGACGCUGAAUAUAGCAUUAAUGGAAUAUUGACGAACACUGAAUCUUCAAUCUAUACAACAAAAUACGUCCAACCAUCAUCAACAUUACAACCAGUUCCAGUUGUCACUGCAGUCCCACCAGUCUACAAUCAGUCCACCACACAAUCCACAUCGACCACCACUCAAACACCACUCAUUACAACACAAUACGUCCAACCAUCAUCAACAUUACAACCAGUUCCAAUUGUCACGUCCAACAAAUCAACCGACGCUGAAUAUAGCAUUAGUGGAAUAUUGACGAACACUGAAUCUUCAAUCUAUACAACAAAAUACGUCCAACCAUCAUCAACAUUACAACCAGUUCCAGUUGUCACUGCAGUCCCACCAGUCUACAAUCAGUCCACCACACAAUCCACAUCGACCACCACUCAAACACCACUCAUUACAACACAAUACGUCCAACCAUCAUCAACAUUACAACCAGUUCCAAUUGUCACGUCCAACAAAUCAACCGACGCUGAAUAUAGCAUUAAUGGAAUAUUGACGAACACUGAAUCUUCAAUCUAUACAACAAAAUACGUCCAACCAUCAUCAACAUUACAACCAGUUCCAGUUGUCACUGCAGUCCCACCAGUCUACAAUCAGUCCACCACACAAUCCACAUCGACCACCACUCAAACACCACUCAUUACAACACAAUACGUCCAACCAUCAUCAACAUUACAACCAGUUCCAAUUGUCACGUCCAACAAAUCAACCGACGCUGAAUAUAGCAUUAAUGGAAUAUUGACGAACACUGAAUCUUCAAUCUAUACAACAAAAUACGUCCAACCAUCAUCAACAUUACAACCAGUUCCAGUUGUCACUGCAGUCCCACCAGUCUACAAUCAGUCCACCACACAAUCCACAUCGACCACCACUCAAACACCACUCAUUACAACACAAUACGUCCAACCAUCAUCAACAUUACAACCAGUUCCAAUUGUCACGUCCAACAAAUCAACCGACGCUGAAUAUAGCAUUAAUGGAAUAUUGACGAACACUGAAUCUUCAAUCUAUACAACAAAAUACGUCCAACCAUCAUCAACAUUACAACCAGUUCCAGUUGUCACUGCAGUCCCACCAGUCUACAAUCAGUCCACCACACAAUCCACAUCGACCACCACUCAAACACCACUCAUUACAACACAAUACGUCCAACCAUCAUCAACAUUACAACCAGUUCCAAUUGUCACGUCCAACAAAUCAACCGACGCUGAAUAUAGCAUUAAUGGAAUAUUGACGAACACUGAAUCUUCAAUCUAUACAACAAAAUACGUCCAACCAUCAUCAACAUUACAACCAGUUCCAGUUGUCACUGCAGUCCCACCAGUCUACAAUCAGUCCACCACACAAUCCACAUCGACCACCACUCAAACACCACUCAUUACAACACAAUACGUCCAACCAUCAUCAACAUUACAACCAGUUCCAAUUGUCACGUCCAACAAAUCAACCGACGCUGAAUAUAGCAUUAAUGGAAUAUUGACGAACACUGAAUCUUCAAUCUAUACAACAAAAUACGUCCAACCAUCAUCAACAUUACAACCAGUUCCAGUUGUCACUGCAGUCCCACCAGUCUACAAUCAGUCCACCACACAAUCCACAUCGACCACCACUCAAACACCACUCAUUACAACACAAUACGUCCAACCAUCAUCAACAUUACAACCAGUUCCAAUUGUCACGUCCAACAAAUCAACCGACGCUGAAUAUAGCAUUAAUGGAAUAUUGACGAACACUGAAUCUUCAAUCUAUACAACAAAAUACGUCCAACCAUCAUCAACAUUACAACCAGUUCCAGUUGUCACUGCAGUCCCACCAGUCUACAAUCAGUCCACCACACAAUCCACAUCGACCACCACUCAAACACCACUCAUUACAACACAAUACGUCCAACCAUCAUCAACAUUACAACCAGUUCCAAUUGUCACGUCCAACAAAUCAACCGACGCUGAAUAUAGCAUUAAUGGAAUAUUGACGAACACUGAAUCUUCAAUCUAUACAACAAAAUACGUCCAACCAUCAUCAACAUUACAACCAGUUCCAGUUGUCACUGCAGUCCCACCAGUCUACAAUCAGUCCACCACACAAUCCACAUACGUCCAACCAUCAUCAACAUUACAACCAGUUCCAAUUGUCACGUCCAACAAAUCAACCGACGCUGAAUAUAGCAUUAAUGGAAUAUUGACGAACACUGAAUCUUCAAUCUAUACAACAAAAUACGUCCAACCAUCAUCAACAUUACAACCAGUUCCAGUUGUCACUGCAGUCCCACCAGUCUACAAUCAGUCCACCACACAAUCCACAUCGACCACCACUCAAACACCACUCAUUACAACACAAUACGUCCAACCAUCAUCAACAUUACAACCAGUUCCAAUUGUCACGUCCAACAAAUCAACCGACGCUGAAUAUAGCAUUAAUGGAAUAUUGACGAACACUGAAUCUUCAAUCUAUACAACAAAAUACGUCCAACCAUCAUCAACAUUACAACCAGUUCCAGUUGUCACUGCAGUCCCACCAGUCUACAAUCAGUCCACCACACAAUCCACAUCGACCACCACUCAAACACCACUCAUUACAACACAAUACGUCCAACCAUCAUCAACAUUACAACCAGUUCCAAUUGUCACGUCCAACAAAUCAACCGACGCUGAAUAUAGCAUUAAUGGAAUAUUGACGAACACUGAAUCUUCAAUCUAUACAACAAAAUACGUCCAACCAUCAUCAACAUUACAACCAGUUCCAGUUGUCACUGCAGUCCCACCAGUCUACAAUCAGUCCACCACACAAUCCACAUCGACCACCACUCAAACACCACUCAUUACAACACAAUACGUCCAACCAUCAUCAACAUUACAACCAGUUACAAUUGUCACGUCCAACAAAUCAACCGACGCUGAAUAUAGCAUUAAUGGAAUAUUGACGAACACUGAAUCUUCAAUCUAUACAACAAAAUACGUCCAACCAUCAUCAACAUUACAACCAGUUCCAGUUGUCACUGCAGUCCCACCAGUCUACAAUCAGUCCACCACACAAUCCACAUCGACCACCACUCAAACACCACUCAUUACAACACAAUACGUCCAACCAUCAUCAACAUUACAACCAGUUCCAAUUGUCACGUCCAACAAAUCAACCGACGCUGAAUAUAGCAUUAAUGGAAUAUUGACGAACACUGAAUCUUCAAUCUAUACAACAAAAUACGUCCAACCAUCAUCAACAUUACAACCAGUUCCAGUUGUCACUGCAGUCCCACCAGUCUACAAUCAGUCCACCACACAAUCCACAUCGACCACCACUCAAACACCACUCAUUACAACACAAUACGUCCAACCAUCAUCAACAUUACAACCAGUUCCAAUUGUCACGUCCAACAAAUCAACCGACGCUGAAUAUAGCAUUAAUGGAAUAUUGACGAACACUGAAUCUUCAAUCUAUACAACAAAAUACGUCCAACCAUCAUCAACAUUACAACCAGUUCCAGUUGUCACUGCAGUCCCACCAGUCUACAAUCAGUCCACCACACAAUCCACAUCGACCACCACUCAAACACCACUCAUUACAACACAAUACGUCCAACCAUCAUCAACAUUACAACCAGUUCCAAUUGUCACGUCCAACAAAUCAACCGACGCUGAAUAUAGCAUUAAUGGAAUAUUGACGAACACUGAAUCUUCAAUCUAUACAACAAAAUACGUCCAACCAUCAUCAACAUUACAACCAGUUCCAGUUGUCACUGCAGUCCCACCAGUCUACAAUCAGUCCACCACACAAUCCACAUCGACCACCACUCAAACACCACUCAUUACAACACAAUACGUCCAACCAUCAUCAACAUUACAACCAGUUCCAAUUGUCACGUCCAACAAAUCAACCGACGCUGAAUAUAGCAUUAAUGGAAUAUUGACGAACACUGAAUCUUCAAUCUAUACAACAAAAUACGUCCAACCAUCAUCAACAUUACAACCAGUUCCAGUUGUCACUGCAGUCCCACCAGUCUACAAUCAGUCCACCACACAAUCCACAUCGACCACCACUCAAACACCACUCAUUACAACACAAUACGUCCAACCAUCAUCAACAUUACAACCAGUUCCAAUUGUCACGUCCAACAAAUCAACCGACGCUGAAUAUAGCAUUAAUGGAAUAUUGACGAACACUGAAUCUUCAAUCUAUACAACAAAAUACGUCCAACCAUCAUCAACAUUACAACCAGUUCCAGUUGUCACUGCAGUCCCACCAGUCUACAAUCAGUCCACCACACAAUCCACAUCGACCACCACUCAAACACCACUCAUUACAACACAAUACGUCCAACCAUCAUCAACAUUACAACCAGUUCCAAUUGUCACGUCCAACAAAUCAACCGACGCUGAAUAUAGCAUUAAUGGAAUAUUGACGAACACUGAAUCUUCAAUCUAUACAACAAAAUACGUCCAACCAUCAUCAACAUUACAACCAGUUCCAGUUGUCACUGCAGUCCCACCAGUCUACAAUCAGUCCACCACACAAUCCACAUCGACCACCACUCAAACACCACUCAUUACAACACAAUACGUCCAACCAUCAUCAACAUUACAACCAGUUCCAAUUGUCACGUCCAACAAAUCAACCGACGCUGAAUAUAGCAUUAAUGGAAUAUUGACGAACACUGAAUCUUCAAUCUAUACAACAAAAUACGUCCAACCAUCAUCAACAUUACAACCAGUUCCAGUUGUCACUGCAGUCCCACCAGUCUACAAUCAGUCCACCACACAAUCCACAUCGACCACCACUCAAACACCACUCAUUACAACACAAUACGUCCAACCAUCAUCAACAUUACAACCAGUUCCAAUUGUCACGUCCAACAAAUCAACCGACGCUGAAUAUAGCAUUAAUGGAAUAUUGACGAACACUGAAUCUUCAAUCUAUACAACAAAAUACGUCCAACCAUCAUCUACAUUACAAGGGGUUCCGUUUGUUAGUUCUCUCUCACUCGGCUCUAAUCUAUCUGGAUCAAGUGUUUUUACCUCUGGUUUUUAUUCAGAUAAUGGAUUUUCUGAUUUUUCAUCUCCGGAUAUUUUUUCGUCAAGUGAUGAUGGUUUUGGUGUUGUUAAUAUUUCUGAUUCUGGUUUGCUUACUCGUGAUAUUGAUUUUCCUAAUUUCAACUAUGAUACUUCAAUUAAUCCCGUUUCUUUUAAUUCUGAAUUUGAUUAUUUUUCGUCUCCUCGAUUACCUGUUUUUGGCAAUUCAUAUGAUGAUAAUUACAACAAUUGUCAUCCUGUUCACGAGAAUGACUGUCAUUCAUUGGAGAAUUAUGUUCCUUUCUAUGAUUAUAACAAAGUAAUAAUAUUGAGAUUAUUUAAAUGUUGUCAACACCUUUAUUCAUGUAAUAUAGAAUAUUGUCAUAUCAAUGUUUUUGUGAAACAAUUAUGUGAUAAAUAUUUUCAAUAUUAA